CCCUGGUCAACUGUCACCCUCCGAGGCUGUCCAUCCGCGUCGAUCUGAGGUCCCAGGCUGCAGCCAGGCUGUCUGGCUCGAGCCCGGGCAGAGGCUCCGGCGGAGGGAUCCGCGGAGGCUACGGUCUCGGAAGACGAGACCGCUUCUGCGGCGGCACAAAAAGGGGCGGCUGCAGGGUGAUGUGCCAACGGAUGUGAAGACGGACACUGUGAGCACAGUGGCUGGCCCGGAAGCUGAGUGGGCCUCGGCCCUCAGCACAUCGUGCCAGGGCCAGGCCAGAAGUGCCCACCUCCUCUUCUGCAGCUGAUCCACAACCAACAAGGCAGCCUCGGGCCCUCAGGCCCUGCCUCAUUCCACUAGGGCCACCAAGACAGCCUUCCACCAUGGCUCUGAAGAGAAUCCAUAAGGAACUGAACGACCUGGCGCAGGAUCCCCCAGCACAGUGUUCGGCAGGCCCUGUCGGGGAAGAUAUGUUCCACUGGCAAGCUACAAUCAUGGGGCCAAAUGACAGCCCCUAUCAGGGAGGGGCGUUUUUCUUGACAAUUGACUUCCCAACAGAGUACCCCUUCAAACCACCCAAGGUUGAAUUUACAACAAGAAUUUAUCACCCAAAUGUUAACAGUAAUGGCAGCAUUUGUCUUGAUAUUCUUCGCUCACAGUGGUCUCCAGCACUAACUAUUUCAAAAGUACUUUUGUCCAUCAGUUCUCUGUUGUGUGAUCCCAAUCCAGAUGAUCCCUUAGUGCCUGAGAUUGCUCAGAUCUACAAAACAGACAGAGAAAAGUACAACACGACAGCUCGGGAAUGGACUCAGAAGUACGCCAUGUGACUAAAGAGAUUAUUGGAUAUCCUCUACAAAUAAAAGCUCGGGAACUCUAGAAAGUCCUUCUGAUUCCCACCUGACUGUCUGCUAUGACCCACGCUGCACCGCUUCCUCCUCCCGGUGUUCGUCACCUGACACAGGACUGCUGCAAGCUGUACGCACCAGAAAUACUGUGCUUCCUUCCAACACUCUCUCCUAGCACAGGAGCGUUCUCCAGGCAUAACCAAGAUGUGAGAUUAAAAGUUUCCUAACUGACUUAAAUCUGAAUAACCACAGUGUGAGGGGUGGUGGGUACACAACACUGCUUAGAAGGGGUCAAGUGCCACCAACCUGUAGGAGAUUGUAAGACUGCUUUUAAGUGGAGGCCAUUUACAUUUUAAAAGUUAUGAAAAGCUAGGUGAAGAACAUGAAAGUUUCUGUACUCAUUUUAUUCUAUAACACCUAGAAUUUAGAUGAACAUUAAAGCCAACCAGAUUAAAUCCACUUCCUUUAUUUUAAGGUCUAAUCGGUCAAGAAAAAAUAGAUUGGUGCUGUUAGUCCAUAAAGUGUGAUUAGCUUUGUUCCUAAAUCCUUUAUACCUCCCCCCGACUCUGCAACCUCCUUUCUCUCAGUCUUUCUCUCCAUAUUCUUUGAUUUAUUUGUGGUUUCUCAGUAGAUACAUCACUAAUAGCUCUUAUUUUUCUUAUGUUAACUGAUUAAUCCAUUUGGAUGUAAGGGUAAAAAUUUCAUUUGUUGAAAAAAAUGUGUAUAAAGACCCAAUUGCUCUUCUGGAGCUUGUACAAAUUCAAGAUGAUUAAUCUGCGUAAUAAACCAGCUAUUCCAGCCAUUGCAUAAAUGUUAA